ACUACAGUUAAAUAUCGUUGACACAUACAACGACAUCAACAGCAAAUUCGAUACCACGCAGAUACACUCCUUCUUUAUCAGUCGACCCCAUGCAUCGCGGCAUGCCGGCCACAAUUUGUUAGUUAUUCUUGACCGCGACAAUGAAUUUCAUGUAAAUCACAAAAUAAAAAUUAUUAAUAUUAUUUAUUUAUCACUAGUUUAUCAACAUAAAUAUUAACAAUGAAAAGUAAAUAAUUAUCGUCAAAUGAAAAAACUAGACUUUUCGAAAUUUAUUAUUAUUAUCAAAAUAGUGGAGUAUAUUACAGACAGUGAAAGUGAGUGGUAAGCAAUUAUAUUUAGUUAUCAUAUGUAAAAAAAAAGACAAAAUAAAAACUUCUUAAUCAUUGUCGCGUACAAAUUUUUAAUAAUAUAAAUCUAUUGUUGCCAAAAAAAAAAAAAAAAAAAACAAGUAAAAAUGAUUAAAUUAAUAUUGUGUUUGUUAGUCAGUAUCGGCAUACUUGGAAUAUCAGUUGAGACUAAAAAUGAUCCUUUAAUUCGUGAAACAACAACAGGUUCAGUGCGUGGAUUGUCACGAACAGUACUUGAUCAUGAAGUACAUGUAUAUCUAGGGAUACCAUUUGCAAAACCACCAAUCGGUCCAUUGAGAUUUCGUAAACCGUUGGCAAUUGAGCCAUGGGAUGGUAUAUUAAAUGCAACAACAUUACCAAAUAGUUGUAUUCAAGAACGAUAUGAAUAUUUUCCUGGUUUUGAAGGUGAAGAAAUGUGGAAUCCAAAUACAAAUGUAUCUGAGGAUUGUUUAUAUUUAAAUAUAUGGGCACCACAAAAAUCUCGUUUACGACACAAAGAAUCCCCUGGUGGUGGAUCAACUGAAGUUAAAGGUAUGCCACUACUUGUAUGGAUAUACGGUGGUGGUUAUAUGACUGGUACGGCAACACUUGAUGUUUAUGAUGCUGAUUUUAUGGCAGCAACAAGUAAUGUUAUCAUAGCAUCAAUGCAAUAUCGUGUUGGAGCAUUUGGAUUUUUAUAUUUGAAUAAAUAUUUUGGUAAUAGUGAAGAAGCACCAGGUAAUAUGGGUUUAUGGGAUCAAGUUAUGGCAUUGAAAUGGCUAAAAGAUAACGCAGCAUCAUUUGGAGGUGAUCCAAACGCAAUAACAAUAUUUGGUGAAUCAGCUGGUGGAGGUUCAGUAUCAUUGCAUCUAAUUUCACCCGUAACGAGAGGUUUAGUAAAACGAGGUAUAUUACAAAGUGGUACAUUGAAUGCACCAUGGAGUUAUAUGACUGGUGAAAAAGCUAAUGAUGUUGCUAAAAUACUUGUUGAUGACUGUGGAUGUAAUUCAACAUUAUUAAAUGAUAAUCCAUCGAGAGUUAUGGCGUGUAUGAGAUCAGUUGACGCUAAAACAAUAUCAGUACAACAAUGGAAUAGUUAUUCAGGUAUACUUGGUUUUCCAUCAGCACCAACAAUUGAUGGUGAUUUUUUGCCAAAACAUCCACUUGAUUUAUUACGUGAAACUGAUUUUGAAGAUACUGAAAUAUUGAUCGGAAAUAAUCAAAAUGAAGGAACUUAUUUUGUUUUGUACGACUUUAUCGACUACUUCGAAAAGGAUCAGCCAACUUCGUUGGGACGGGAAAAAUUUUUGACUAUAAUCAACACGAUAUUCAAAAAUAUGACAGCUGUCGAAAGAGAAGCUAUUGCAUUUCAGUAUACUGAUUGGGAACAGCCAAAAAACGGAUUUGCAUACCAAAAAGCAGUUGCUGAUGCAGUUGGUGAUUACUUCUUUAUCUGCCCGUCAACAUUAUUUGCUCAACUUUUUGCUGAUCGAGGAAUGAAAGUCUAUUACUACUUUUUCACGCAGAGAUCGAGUACAAAUAUGUGGGGUGAAUGGAUGGGUGUAAUCCACGGUGAUGAAGUUGAAUAUGUAUUUGGCCGUCCACUCAAUACUUCUUUAAAAUACACUGAUCAUGAACGUGAUUUAUCAAUGAGAAUGAUUCAAGUCUAUUCAAACUUUGCGUUUACUGGAAAACCAACGACUGAUAAUGAUUGGCCACCAUACACCCGCGAUAAUCCACAUUAUUUUAUAUUCAACGCUGAGGUCACUGGGCAAGAUAUUGGACCAAGAUUAUCUGGUUGUGCAUUUUGGAACGAAUUUCUACCAAGGCUUGAAGGUGUACCAGAUCCAGCACCUAAAGCUUGCAACAGGGCAAUAGCAUCAAGUGUUUCAGUGGGAUCUGCAAAUCGUCAUUCAGCUGUUGUAUUGAUACUAAGUGUUCUUCUAUUUACAGGAACAAUCUAAAAUGUGCAUGUUUGAAUGCAUCUGGAAAAAAGGUCAGUGACUUGGGCCAAUAUCGAAAAUAGUGGUCAUAACAAAAAACAGACGAAUUCGAAACGAAAACAAUAUAUUUGCAAAAUAUAGAUACCUGGAGAGAAAUAUUAAAUAUGCGCUAAUGAUAUGAUCAUAUUUCAAAAUUAAAAAAAAAAAAACAAAUACGAUUGAGUUUAAAAAAUUUAAUAAAAAAACAUGAAUAGAUAAAAAAUAUAUAUUUCGUUAGACGUGAAAACCCUCAAUCCUUCGUUUGUUGUUAAAUGUGUAUAACAAUAGAUUUAAAUUGUCAUAUGUAUCCCUUGUGAAAUAUAUUUUUCGCACUUUUCUUCGGAUUAUUUCCGGGUUUCUCCAUAAUUAUUUUAUAAUUACUACUUUAUCAAAGACUAGACACGAGACCAGUUUCGAUGACUUUUCAGUUUUUUGGUUGAUGCCGAUAUGAUAGCGUGAGUUUUGACCAAGAUUCACUGAAAGUCUCGGUGUAUCGGCUUAAAAAUUUUUUACGUUUGAUUUGGGCUUGUCAGGGUUAGCGGUUGAGUGAAAAAAAAAACGUCCAGAUAUUUUGAGACAAGUUAAAAUUAUCAAUUUUCUUUCAAGUAAAUUUUCUUCUUUUUGAUGCUUAAUUGUUUCAUUAUUUUUUAUUUUCAAUAAAUCAUUCAAAAUUAACAUUGUUAUGAAUUUAAAAUAUUUCAAAAUUUACUUUUCCGGGGUGUAGACAAUCCGAUAUUGAGUUAGCUGAUACUGGGAUGAUAUUCGUAAUAUCAAAAUUUGAUUCGUGUCUCGUGUCCAGCCUUAACGGUAUCGAAACUUCUAUAAAUAUUUUGAAGUUAGGUCCGAAUUUUUUUGAAUGAAACUUUUUUUAAUAACGAAAUCUGGUAUAGUUUAACAAAUUUUCGUCUGGAUAUUUUAUAUGAAAAAUCUAGAAUAAUUAGACACAAAAAUCUGGAGAUCACAAUUGAUAUCUCGUCGUAUUUUUAACGAAUUUUUUUGGCAAGAAUUUAUAUCGUUUUUGUCCAUAAAUUCUCCUCGGAUAUGACUUACGGGGAAACCCAGAUGAUACGGGAAAAAAUCUAAAUUUUUUUUUUUACUAGGGAUAAUAUGAAUUAUAUAAAAGAUGAAUUAUAAUAACUAAAAAGCAACUCUCACAGAAGAAAAAAUGAGCCUAAAUUUCUUUGCAUAAGUUUUUUUAUAGUAUAAAUCACAUGAAGUACUACAGCCGUGAAUUAUUCGAUAAUUCACGUGUUGAUUGCAACUUGAAUCUUCCAUUCGAUACAUAUCACCUGUAACGUUAUAUUAUAAAUAGUAUAUAUUUAACAAAAAUAUAAUUAAAAAUGAAUUAAUAAAAAUAUUAUAUAAAUGAGAAUUGAAUGGAUGGAGAUAUUAUGUAGGUAUAGGUAGGUUAAUGAUGAAAAUAAAUUUUAAAAAAAACCGAUAUCUAUCUUAAACUCAAGAUCUGAUGAAUAAAAGACGAAUCAAUUCAUGUUCAAAUUUUGGUUCUCAUAUUUCAUAAGAACUUAUAUGAAAUUAUAGAAUACAGUUUUUUAGAUAAAAAAAAAAAUCAUAUUCGAGUUAUUUUAAAUUACCUUUAAAUAAUAUUUUUACAUUUUUCCAAUAAAAAAUAAUUUUUUUUACUUCAUUUUUUUGGUUCAACUGUCAUUACUUAGGUCAUAAAUUUUAUCGUAUACGAUCGAGUGUAAUAUUAUGAGAUUGUUCGUUAUUACAUUAACGCUUUACUUUCACUGUCUCACUUCUAUUCGAGCAUGCUAUGCCGUAAUGAUAAAAUUGAGAAAAAAUAACCAAAUCGAUGAAAACCUUUAUGACUUUUCUGUAUAAUGUUCUUCCUUUGCAAUUUAACAUCAUCAAAAUUAACAACAAUUUAUCGAAAUUUGUUCUUGUUCAGAAUAUCCAAUUAGUAUUGCCGAUAUUGGCAUUAUUUUUAUAAUUAUUACUGUUAUAGUUAUUAUAAUAAAUCUAAAAAAAUACUUUACGGACAACAAAAACGUUUAUCGAUAGAAAAGAUGAGUGUUGACAGUAUCACAAUGGGUAUAGUGUACUGAAUUUUUAGUUUACUAGUUUCUUUUUUAGUCAGUUCAAGUUCCUAUCCAUGAAGAAAAACAAUGAGGGGUCUGCAGAUACAAAUAGAAUCAAUAUUAUGAUAUUCAAAUAUACCGAGGUAGAAAACUUCCGUCGGCCCGACUGUCGGCCGACUGAGUGUCCCGACUUAUUAAGUCGAAGAAAAUUCGGGAUUUCAGUCGGGCCGACGUCAGAUAUUCUGUUGAAUUCCCUUUAAGGCUGAAUGUCAAAAUAUUGAAAAAAAAUUCCCUCUCACAGAUUUUGAUCAAAGUAGGCUUAUUUUUUUAGUGAAAUAAAGAUCUAUUUUAUCAAUUUUUUUUUGUAAUUUUCUACCACGAUUUAAGCGAGAUAAUUGGGGUCAAAGUUGACGCUUUUUACACACGCAUAGGAAGCAUCGGCACGUUUUCACUUCUAUUGAAAAAACGCUCUCACAAAAAACCUUUAUUUUACUACAGCUAAUACUUCUUCAAAUUACGAAAAUAAUAAAAAAAAAAUCAUCGAUUUCUACCACGGAUUUUGAAAGUUAUUAAUUAUUUAAGAAUAUUAAAAACAGUCAAAAAGUACCGGGUGAAGCAUUGAAAAUCUGCUGAAGUAGAUUAGUGUGUGUAAAUACACUCAUACUUUUAAAGACGCGGCAGUAAAGUAUAAAAAUUUUAGACAUUAGGGGGCGCUUAUUAUUUUUUUUAACUAUGGUUAUAAGGGUGCCCUUUUGCACCCAAAGAGUCGUCCUACUUUGGGAUUUACAUUCAGCCUUAAGGGAUUUGGACGAUUUUUUUCGGAAUAUGAGAAAGAAAUGAAAUUUAUACAGUAGAUUUUUGAAAUACUAAUACAUUUUAUGUGAUUUUUUGGUAAUUGUUUGGAAGCUCGUUUUUUUUUUAUUAAUUUUUAAAGUUGACAACUUUUAACAUUGGUUCUUAUGGAGAAUGCGAUUUUUGUCAAAAAAAAAUUUAUUAAAAUACCAAUAUCUCCAAUCGACAAUAUGACAUCAUGAAAAAAAAACUAUCGGGUUAUAAAAUGAGACAAAAGAAAACGUAUAGAAAAAAAAUAAAAGAGGUUUGGAGCAUAGUUUUUUUACAAUUAAUAAUUAAAGUAUGAAAAAAUGGAUUUUUAUGAGGAAUUAUUGAAAAAUCACUAGAGACCUCUUGCGGAUGACUUCUAGAAACACAAUAUUUCUAUGAGUGCGAAAAAGACAAAAAACAGAGAAAAAAUGUUGUCUCACUCUUCGUUUUAAAAAAUCGUCCACAUCCCUUAAGUAAAAAAUUUAGAAUAUCGAUUGCAUUUUCCCAAAGAAACUAAAUUGUUGAUGAAUAGACUAUUUAUGUUUGUACUUUGUUUCUAAUCAUUCUAAUCAUGAAUAUUUUUCAAUAGAUAAAGUAUAAUUUUUUUUUUUUACUCGAAUUAACUUUAAAAUCACAUCUUGAGGUUGUAGUCGGGAUUUUGGGCCACAUUUAUGAGAAAACGGUUCUCAUCCAAUUUCUGUAUAUCGAAAAUACUAAGCCUGCUGUUUUACCGGCAGGCUAGCGACGAGUAAUUUUAAAUAUGCAACUUUAACAAUCAUGUUCAUGUUUAGGUCGGUUUGAAUUAAAAACAACAAGUUUAAUAAAUCAAAAAAUCGUCUUAAAUAUUGUGUUAGAAUAUAAUUACCGAUUGUUUUAACAUCUGUAUAUUGUAUUGUUGACUCAGGUAUAUUACUAUCAUGAUUAUAAUCAUUACCAUGUAGAAAACCAGGUAGCGAACCAUACUGCUUUUCCUUGAACAUUUUUAUUCAUUUAAUAAAUAAAAUACAUGUAAUUUUAUUUAAAAAGAAUAAAAAUGUCCAAGGAAAAGUAGUAGCUAAGGAAGAGAUGUAGCUAAGAAAUUAAUGUUGCUAAAGAAUUAUGUUUUGAGAAAAUAAUGUUGCUCAAAAUAUAAUUUUUUGGCAACUUUAAUUCCUUAGCUACAUUCUUUCCUUAGCUACUGCUUUUUCAUGCACAUUUAUCCUCUUUAAAAAUAAAAUUACAUGAAUAUUACGUAUUGAAUAAAUAAAAAUAUCCAAGGAGAAAAAAUAUAGCUGAGCAAUUAAGGUUGCCAAAAAAUUAUAUUUUGAGCAACGUUGUUUCCUUAAGACAUAAUUCUUCGGCAACCUUAAUUUCUUAGCUACAUCUUUUUCUUACCUACUGCUUUUCCUUGGAUUUUUUUAUUUAUCCAAUAAAUAAUAUUCAUGUAAUUUUAAUUUCGAAAAAUAAAAAUGUCCAAGGAAAAGUAGUAGCUAAGGAAUUAAGGUUGCCAAAGAAUUAUGUUUUAAGGAAAUAAUAUUGCUUGAAAUAUAAUUUUUUGGCAACUUUAAUUCCUUAGCUACAUCUUUUUCUUAGCUACUGCUUUCCCUUGAACAUUUUUAUUUAUUUCAGAAAUAAAAUACAUGUAAAUUUAAUUUUUAAGAAUACAAAUGUCCAAGAAAAAGCAGUAGCUAAGGAAAGAAUGUAGCUAAGGAAUUAAGGUUGCCAAAAAAUUAUAUUUCAAGCAACAUUAUUUCCUUAAGAAAUAAUUCUUUGGCAACCUUAAUUCCUCAGCUACUACUUUUCCUUGGACAUUUUUAUUUUUUAAAAAUAAAAUUACAUGAAUAUUAUUUAUUUUUAAAAAAAAAUGAUGAAACAGUUGCUGAAGCAACUGUGCCUGCCCUGCGGGGGGAAUUUCAAUUUCUUUAUUGAAAUUCGUGAUUACAAAUUAUUAUCUAUUGUUACAAUGAUUACUGUUACAACUGAAAAUUAUUCAUCAUUUUGUUUGUUCCUUCCAUAUUUUCUUUAGUAAAUUUAGUAUCUUUACUUGGUUUAUUAAAUUUUUUUUAUUCAAAUUUUAUUUUCCUUCAUAAUCACUGUCGUCUGCUAAUGUUAUUGUUCUUUUUUUCAAUAACCGUCCUGUCAUUGCAUAUAGAAAUUCUAUUUCAUUCAUUGCUAUUAUGACUGCGGUGAUAUCUAUAUAAUAACAUUAUCAGCAUUGAAAUUUUUUUUUUUUUUUUUUUCUGUUAAAAUAAUUUUACCUGCCCAUGAAUUAUUUGGUAGAUGAUUUCUUGUAUUUUUUCGAUUCGGAAUUGAUCUUUAUUAUAUUUUCAUUUUUCUCAUCGUCUUCGAAUUUUAUAUUAGCCUCUUUUUAUUAUCUUUUGUUGAUUAACUUUUCUCACUAAUCCUUCAGUGUCCAUAUAUUUUUUGUUCAACUUGAAUAUUUAAUAAUUUAUCAUAUGUUAAUAAUUUUCCUUUUCAUUUUAUCCAUUUUAUUGAUAACGGUACCUCAAUAAAUUCAUGAUCUUCAUUUGCAGCUUCUCCAAAAAAAAAUACAUCUUAUUUUGUCACUCUCAUCACAUAUAUCUAUCGUAAAUUUUUUACCAGUUUCUCGUUCGUUUUCCCAUUCCUUUAUUUCACUUUUAUUCAUAAUUCGUGCUCGAAGUGUAUCACUGUAUUGAAUUUUUAAUUUAAUUUUUUAUGUAAAUUAUAUUCAUUUCUAAUUUUUGACU